AAAUAUAUUCUCAAAGAAGCAAUGGCAUCCGUGUGCAUCAUCGGCUCCGGCAAUUGGGGCUCGGCCAUUGCGAAAAUAGUCGGCGCGAAUGCGAAAAAACAGAGCCGCUUUGCCGACCGGGUCACCAUGUACGUUUACGAAGAGAUUAUCGACGGGAAAAAAUUGACGGAGAUCAUCAACGAGACGCAUGAAAAUGUCAAGUACCUUCCGGGACACAAAAUUCCCGAGAAUGUGGUUGCGAUCCCGGACGUAGUGCAAGCUGCGAAGAAUGCGGACAUACUCAUAUUUGUGGUUCCGCAUCAGUUCAUUCAAAGGAUAUGCAGCACAUUACAGGGUAAAAUUAAACCUACCGCCAUCGGAUUGUCACUGAUCAAGGGUUUCGAUAAGAAGGAAGGCGGCGGUAUCGAGCUUAUCUCCCAUAUUAUUUCGAAACAAUUACAAAUUCCAAUUUCAGUUUUGAUGGGUGCUAACUUGGCUUCCGAGGUGGCCGAUGAAAUGUCUGCGAAACCACCAUUGGUGAGA